AUGUUCAAAGUCAAGGCCAUCUACGAGUACUCGUCGGCCCACGAUGACGAUCUGAAGUUUCCUGUCGGCCAGAUAAUAACUGUCACGGAAGAGGAGGACGACGAAUGGUUCUCGGGCGAGUACACCGAUGACUCGGGCGUGCAUCACGAGGGUAUCUUUCCGCGGAACUUUGUCGAAAAGUACGAGCCGGUCGCUCCGCCCCGGCCGACGCGGACCCGUCCCAAAUCUUCGGCUGUUUCGUCUUCUACUGCUGCCGCUCUCGCUGCUGCUAUUCAGGAGCCUUCCUCCCCUCCGCCUCCGCCGUCUCCGAGAGCUCUUGCCCCGCCGGCAGAGGAGGAUGAAGAAGAAGAGCCUGUGCCCGAAAAGGCCUCUCCGCCCGCACCUGCGCGAGCUGCCACACCCACCUCGUCUCCUCGGAAACCGGCCGCCUCCGUGGCACCGUCGUCUCCCAUUGUCAUUUCCAAGGCAGCGCCGGUAUAUUCUCCGGGUCCCAAGGCCGCACAUUCCCCGAUUGUGCCAAAACAGGGCGGCUCGCCGCCGGCUGUGGCGGAGAAGCCGAUUGGCAACUCGUUUCGCGACCGAAUAGCCGCAUUCAACAAGGCGGCUGCUCCCCCUAUCACACCUUUCAAGCCUAGCGGUCUGGCCGGUGGUGGGGGCGCUAGCAACUUUAUCAAGAAGCCGUUUGUGGCGCCCCCUCCGAGCCGCAACGCAUUCGUUCCUCCGCCCCGAGAGCCUUCGACGACGAAGCUGUACCGGCGGGAUGAAGACCCCGAGAUCCGAGAACGAGAGGCGGAAAAUCUCGAAAGCGCCGAGAGGGCCGGCUUGCUUCCGACAGCGUCAGCUGCUGGUGGCCAAGCAGAAGAAGAAGAAGCCAAGCCGAUGAUGAGUCUGAAGGAGCGUAUGGCCCGUCUUCAGCGGGAGCAGCAGGAGCAGGCACACCGACAUGCCGAGGCUGCUGCCAAGAAGGAGAAGCCGAAGCGGCCGCCAAAGAAGCGGCUGGACAGCCAUGACUCGGCCGCGACGGCGACUGCAGUUGCAGUAACCCCGACGACGGACGAGACCGGUGGCGUGGCACAGCAACCGCCGGCUCUCGAGCGGAGGGACACGGGCGACACGGGCGGGCGGCGCUCGGUGGACGAGAGCCACCCGCCGCGUGUUCCCCACGCACCCCGUCGAAAGGCGUCUAAGGACCCCGAGGCGCAAGACGGAAACGACGCGGACAUGUCGGGGGCUGGCGACACGACGGAAGGGCAGGACGACGAGCAGGCCGAGCGGGACGACAGCGAUGAGAAACCGAGACAACUGUCUAAGUCGGCGAUUCCCAGCAGCGAGCGACCGGUCGAGGAAGCAGCCAAGGAUGAGGAAGAGGAGGGUGCGGGCGAGGAGACGACGGCGAAAGAGGAAGAAGGAGAGACCGAGCCGACGGAAGCGGCAACAGCAACGGGGGAAGAAGAAGAAGAGGAAGAUGUUGACCCCGAAGUGCGCCGACGAGAAGAGCUGCGGGCAAGAAUGGCCAAGAUGAGUGGUGGGAUGGGAAUGAUGGGGAUGCGAGGCAUGCAAGGCAUGUUUGGAGGGCCGCCGCCGCCGCCGAUGAUGAAGAAGAAGAUGCCGGUAGUAACGCCGGAGAGACGAUCGAGCGAGGCGACGGAGGAAACAGUGGCGGCUGCACGUGCCCCUCCGGUUCCGGCGAUGAUGGCACUGCCCGGACUGGCGAUGCGGCGAUCUGAGGACAAGCCGGCAGCUGCAUCGCCAGUCGAGGCGCCAAGAGCGGCGAGUCCAGCUCAGGACACCGAAGAGAGUGGAAGCCAGCCGGCGAGCACGUCUCCUCGCAGUCCUCCAGUGCCGGCCCGAGCGGCAGCCCCUCCUCCACCGCCCCUGAGCACGCGGCCAGUGCCACCGAUGCCGCCACUUAUGUCGACUCAGGGUCCGACAGCAACGGACGGGUCCGAGUCGGAUAACGAGCUUUCGAAGCAGACGUCGAUUGUGUCGGCGGAGACGCCGCGAGCAGAGGCACCGCCACCACCACCACUGCCGGCGGCAGCCGCAGGCCCGACAUCACCGAUAUCGCCAGUAUCUUCCGGACCAGCGCUGCCCAACAGACGCAACAGCCGGAUACCGCCGCCGAUUCCUGGCUCGGCACCGGCACCUCCACCGAUGCAGGCGCGUCCACCGCCGCCACCGCCACCGCCGGGGAGCCUCAGCCGCCAGUCGACGAUGGAGGCACGGACACCGCUUUCGCCGACGAUGCCGACGGCCGGCACAGAGGCAGCGGCCAGCUCGGAUGACGACAACGAGGAGGAGGUUACAGAGUACGAGGGAGACUACGACACAGAUAUUGGCAAUCCAAUUCCACACAAGAACUCGCUCAAGGCACACGCACGCGAUUCCAGUCUGGAGGACAGCGCAUCUCUCAAGUCGCCCAUCUCGGAGAGGACGCCAUCGUUUCCGCCGGUUCCACCACCGGCUCCGCCACCGGUUCCCAGCGCAUCGCGAGUACCACCGCCUAUUCCUAGCCAGCCGCCGCCGCCGCCGAGUCUGCCGCCCCAGGCUCCUCCGCUGACGAUAGCCGAGAAGCGGCGCUCGAUCGACGUGCCCCGAGGCCCGCCGCCACCGCCACCGCCACCGCCACCGCCAAUGGAAGCUGAUGGGCUUGAAGAGGAUGAAGGCGAAGACGAGGGUGACAAGUACGACCUGUACAGCCACGUGGCCGGCUCAGCCGGUCCAGCCAGCGCGCCGGCGUUGGUUCCGGGGCAGCAGUCACUUCUGAGCAGCGAGCUGUACACGCCGCCAGACCUGUCGCUGGCGUUUGCACCUGGGCCGGCGUCAUCAUCGGCAACGCCACGGGCACACCCACCCGGUCCUCCACCACCGCCGCCGGCUAGCCAGGCGCCUGCGGCAUCGCUGCACAGCAGCCGAGGUGCGCGGCAGUCGCUGGACGUGUCGCGGCCGAGCGUGGCUGGGGGCAGCCGGCGGUCGGUCGACAUGGUGCGGCCGUCGAUGGAACUGGGCCACGUGGCCAAUGACAUUGACCUCGCACCGCUGUCCGGCUGGUGGCUGCAGGCCAAGAACCUGCCGCCACAGCUGCAGGGCCGGCGUGACAUCUUCUUCGAGUCGGAGGACUCGCAGUCGGCGAAGCGCGACGGCUCGAUCGAGAUGACGCGCGACAUUUACGUGCUGUACCUGGACUACUCGCAGACGGUGAUCACGGUACGGUUCAACCCGAAGGACUCGGCGGACGUGCAGCUGGAGCAGCGCCAUGAACCGCCGCCGCGCAGCCUGCGACAGGACCAGCUAGAGCAGUCAUACGAGCGGUUUGGACGGCACAUGGCAGACUCGGUGGUGGCGAAGAAGGAUACGGUGGUGGGAGACGGCACGCCGCAGGGGCUGGUGACGGAGCUGAUCCGGCCGUUCCGGGAUGCGCUGCUGCCGGUGGGCACGCGGGCGUACGGGGCGCUGGUAUACUCGAAUCUGGCGAACGCAAGCACUAUGCAAAAUGACGAGAUCCGGGCAGGCGACAUCAUCACGCUGCGCAACGCACGCUUCCAGGGCAAGCACGGGCCGAUGCACGCCAAGUACAGCAUGGAGGUGGGCAAGCCGGACCACGUGGCAGUGGUGAGCGAGUGGGAUGGGACGAAGAAGAAGGUGCGGGCGUGGGAGCAGGGCCGCGAGAGCCGCAAGGUGAAGCUGGAGAGUUUCAAGCUGGACGACCUGCGAUCGGGCGAGGUCAAGAUCUGGCGCGUCAUGCCGCGCAGCUGGGUCGGCUGGGAGGGCCAGAACUAG